AUGAUCUUUUCUGCCGAUGGACGGUUCUACAACAAGGAUUUACAUGAUGUAUUCUCAUCAAUGGUUAUUCAGCUUCCUUUUGGAACCCACCGUAUCAUGUUUCAGUAUUACGAUAACACAUUUCGGUCGGAAGACGCCAUCAUAGUCCUGACCCACCUUUCGAAUUUCUGCACGCUUCUGACCAAUCCAGCCUGUUACCAAACCAACAAGAAGCACGAUCCUUCCUUGACCAUGAGUCGAGAGAUGGCAAUCGAGUUCUGUCAGCAGUUUCUUGAUGCCCGCCUGUUUGAAAACAUCGCCAAUCCGUCGAGCCGUACCUUUCGUGAUCGAGCAGUCUGGAGUAUCACACCCAAAGGACUUUGUAUCCUACAAGACUAUUGUCUGUCUGCCCAGGAAGACACCUGUCGGCUUCGCAAACAGUUCUGCUAUAUGAACGCAGCCCGGAUUGUGUGUGUUGAGCGGUCGAGGAAUGACAACCGGCUGCUACUACUUGGGCCUUCGAUAGGUUUUCUGUUCGAACUGAUGAUGGCCAAUGUGUCUCCAAAGGGUGAUCUGAUCCUUCCGGCCCUUGUUCCGGCUCUUCUGAACUCUCCGAAACCUUCUGUGCCUUUUUUUAAACCAGCAUCCUGGCACGUCUCUUCCUCGUCUUCAUUUUCAUUUUCAUUAAACAAACCCCUUCUGGAGGGGUCAGAAAAAGAGGGUCCGGUGCGCCAAUUGGACAACCGUCAACUGAUCUCGGCCUACACAAAAAAGUAUUUGGAAUCAAAGCAUCCCUCCUUUCCCCAAACGCAUGUACCUGAUCGGACAUGCUUCUCAACCCAACGAUGUUGCGACUGGCUCGUCAGUUACAGCACGCUCUCCUGCUCAAAGGAGGCUGAGCAGGUCAUUGCAAACUAUCUUCAUCGAGGGUGGCUCUUCCAGGGAUCCAAGGCAGAGACAGCAACAGCAACAGCAUUAGCAACAGCAACAGCAUCAGCAAAAGCAAAAGCAGCACAUUCAUCACCAUCAUUAUUAUCAUCAUCAUCCGGGUAUGUCCGGGUCUCGAAUGCUGUCUUUCUUUCCCUUACAGAAAAGGGACAUAGCCUGGCAACGGACUGGAAGGCCGACAGGUCAAAACACCAAUUGCGUUCGAUCACUUAUGACCCUGUACCUACUGCACUUCUUCGUCUGCCAACUUCCUUCAGUGAACCCGAAUUGACAAUCGCAGCACACAGGCGCCCAACCACGACCACAACCACGACCACGUCCACGUCCACGACCACGUCCACGACCACGACCACAAACGCAAAUGAAACACCUGUUCGGCUUCAACAGGUAUCUGGUGGAGUGCCCAAGUUACUCCAGAUUCUCGAGACACCUUCGCUCCAGCAUGCGUUUGGAAUCUUCUUGAAAGAACAUCUGUGCGAAGAGAAUCUCGAGUUCUGGCUUGCGCUCCAUGCCCUGAGAUCCCAGUCCUGCGGACCCAAGGUCAAACUCUCUAGCGCGUGCACACUCUGGAUAACCUAUGUGUCGCCCAAUUCUCCGCGCGAACUCAACGUGGCCUAUGAUUUGCGGCAAGAUGUCGAUAAAGAGGUGCUGGAUAUGCAAGCCGAGAUCAAUAAUACGGACAACAGUAUUUGCAGUGAGUUUCUAGAUUUGAUGUUCAUGUGGCUGGACCGUGUGGAAAAAGAAGUAUAUUGUUUGUUGGCUCAUGAUGCUGUACCUAAUUUUAUCAAAACCCCCCUUUAUAAAAAUUGCCUGGUGUGA